GCAGCCUUACUUAACCUUUUGAUGGCGGACAUCCAGAUUUAUCUCAAGCCUCGACCUAUCUCACCUGUGUAUGGCCACUCAGACUACCUGCCAUUUAAAUGGAACAGCUAUCGCCACUAUGGACCAUUCUUUGAUGACUAUGGAAUGGUGCCCCGCGACGCCACAGAAGUACACAUUAUACAGUCCCCUGCGCUUUCCACGCUCUACACCGUUUUCAUACCUAGUCUCAAUGUCGAGGUUCCAGAUCCAAAUAAAUCCGGUACCUCUGCAUGGCCUGCCCUGCUUGAACUUGCGAAAUCAAAGGUCGCCUUCUCGAUUGAUUCACGGAUGGAGUGUGAAAAUCACAUCGUUCGACUCUCCCAAGGUGAUCGUGCGCCAGCUCCCCCACCACGAAAUAUGCGUGCACCAGAUUUUUCAUCCGAGUGGUAUAAAAUAGUAUUCUCUACCAUAAGUCGAGGUGAUGUUGAGUUGCGCGACGAGUCUCGAGAUACUGAAUUGGAGUUAUUCGUCUGGGUAGCUAUGCACCAAAUAAUAGAUGAUCGGACCGAUAUCUGGAGACAUUUUCGCGAGGAGAUGCUUAAGUUGACAGACCCGAUUGCCCCUGCUCGUUUACCAUCAGGUCAUGCCUACAACCCUGGCAUAUUUAACUUCCUUGGUAGGAAGGCGCUAACAGCCGUGUCUACCUUUGCUUCUACAUUCCUCGCUGGCGCGCCGGUUGACGAUACUGAUCCUCUGCCCCUUUCCCCAUCCCCCAACAAUGGAUCCUUAGCUAAUGACUCGAUGCCUUCUUCCUAUACUGGCGAUAUCGAUGAUGACACGAAUCUGUCUGCUCUAAAUCGUUCGGUCGAACCAUACCGGCGUCGGAAACGUAUUAUUGUUUCUGAAUCCGUAGACCUGUAGCUCGGGUGUUCCCUUAGCAGACCCCCGUUCUCCAUCGCAUACUUAUUCUUAUCUUUACAGUAUGUAUAUUGUAUGUUUUGUAUAUUAGACUUGGAAACGCGAUGGCGCAAGUCUCUCUUAUUACAGAAAUGGCAGUAUCUUCGGCCGCUCGUCCUUUGAUUAAAAGCCUUUUUGGUACUAGAUGUAUUGUUUUACAGAUGGCUCUCACCAAUAACGUCGAUGGGGUGCCGUUUAGACAUUGUUGUGGGUAUAGUCAU